UUAUAACUCUUUAAUUCUCUGGAACUUGGAUCUUUGUUCCUUUUCAAGCUUUGGGUUUGUACUGUUUAAAACUUUCAGAGCUGUAAUAUAUCUUAUCGGAGAUUAGGGUUUUGGGUUUAGUUUGCUUCAGGUAGAUUUAUUGAGUGAAUGAUUAAGUUGUUGUGAUGGCGAAUCAAGAGUUGAUACUCGGGCACAACCGAGAAUUAAAUUUUGGACAGUUGGGUCUUGAGCAUCAUAAUAAUAACCAUGUGGGUUAUGAUUUAGGAGGACAGAUCAAUGAUUUGGAUUUAGGUCAUACGACUGAGUACCAUGAUCAAAGCUUUAGUUUACAGCAGAAUUAUGAGAACAGCCACAGUGGAUUAGAUUUGUGUCAGAAUCAAAACCCUGAAUAUGAACAUGGGGGGAGUGUCGAUGAGCAGCAUCAAAUUGUUAUUGCUGAGCAACAUUAUGACUUGGGUUUUGGAGAUGACCAUGAAUUGGUUGUUUCAGAUGGGAAUGAGCUUGAGCAGAAUUUAGACUUAGUUGUGCACCAGAACCAGGAGAUGGGUCUUGAAGCUUCUGAUGAUUUGGUUCAGCAGCAUCAUUUGGUAGUGAGUACUCCUGUUGUUCAGUCGCGUGAGCUUGGGCUGAAUCCUAACUAUGAAUUGGCUCUUGGACAAGAGUUCCCCGAUGUUAAGAGCUGUAGAAGAGCUUUAAGGGAUGCAGCAAUUGCUCUUCACUUUGAGAUACAGACUGUCAAGUCUGAUAAGACGCGUUUCACAGCUAAGUGUGCUAGUGAAGGAUGUCCAUGGAGGGUUCAUGCUGCAAAGCUUCCUGGUGUUCCUACCUUCACUAUCAGGACCAUAAAUGAAGGGCAUACAUGUGGAGGUAUCACACAUCUUGGUCAUCAGCAAGCUUCGGUUCAAUGGGUUGCAAACUCUGUUGAACAGCGCCUUAGAGAGAAUCCGGAUUACAAGCCAAAGGAGAUACUCGAAGAGAUCCAUCGAGCUCAUGGGAUCACAUUAUCAUACAAGCAAGCAUGGAGAGGGAAAGAGCGAGUUAUGGCUGCUGUUCGUGGCUCGUUUGAAGAAGGGUAUCGCCUCCUUCCCCAGUACUGUGACCAAAUUAAACGAACGAAUCCAGGGAGUAUUGCAUCAGUCUACGCAAACCCACAGGAUAGCUUCUUUCAGCGUCUUUUUGUUUCAUUUCAAGCAUCAAUCUUUGGUUUUGUGAAUGCUUGUCGGCCGUUACUUGGUCUUGAUAGAACACUCUUAAAAAACAAGUACCUUGGGACCUUGCUGUUUGCCACUGGUUUUGAUGGUGAUGGUGCUUUAUUUCCUUUGGCUUUUGGAGUAGUUGAUGAGAAAAGUGAUGAUAACUGGAUGUGGUUCUUAUCCGAGCUUCACAACCUGCUAGAGGCUAAUAUGGAGAACAUGCCAAUGCUCACUAUCAUAUCUGAUAGCUAGAAGGGAACCGUAGAAGGCGUUGGAGCAAAUUUUCCGACUGCUUUUCAUGGAUUUUGCAUGAGUCACCUUAGUGAUAGCUUUCGAAAGCAGUUCAAUAAUACAAUGCUGGUUAAUCUACUAUGGGAAGCUGCUUGGGCUCCUACUGCAAUUGAGUUUGAAGGCAAAGUACUGGAGAUUGGAGAAAUUUCACAAGAUGCUGCUCAUUGGGUUCAAAAAAGUUCACCUCAUCUUUGGGCUACAGCUUAUUUUGGAGGAUCUCGUUUCGGGCAUCUGACGGCUAACAUAGUUGAAUCCUUGAACUCUUGGAUACUUGAAGCGUCUGGUCUUCCUAUAAUUCAAAUGAUGGAAUGCAUUCGUAGGAAGCUUAUGACUUGGUUUAAUGAACGCCGUGAAGCAAGUAUGCAAUGGACUACAAUACUUGUGCCAUCUGCUGAGAGAAGGGUUGCUGAGGCUCUGGAGCGGGCUCGCAGUUAUCAGGUGCUCCGUGCAAACGAAGCUGAAUUUGAAGUGUUUUCUCAUGAAGGAACGAAUAUUGUGGAUAUUCGAAACCGUGGUUGUUCGUGCUCUGGAUGGCAACUUUACGGGAUUCCUUGUGCCCAUGGUGCUGCAGCGCUUCUCUCUUGUCGGCGGAAUGUCCAUCGAUUUACUGAGAGUUGUUUCACUGUUACAACUUACCGGAAAACAUACUCGCAGACUCUGCAUCCUGUGCCUGACAAAAGCCUCUGGAAAGAAUCAUCUGAGGAUGGAGCAAAUCCAGCAGCUAAUGUACUCAUCAACCCACCUAAGUCACUUAGACCACCUGGCCGGCCAAGGAAGAAGCGGGUCCUUACAGAAGAUCAUGGUCGUGCAAAGAGAGUUGUUCACUGCAGCCGCUGCAACCAAACAGGUCAUUUUAGAACAACAUGUGCCACACCUAUAUAAGGUUAGAAGAAAAGUUAGCUAGUUGUUUUGUGCAAUUCUAGGUUAAAUUUUUUCAUUAGGAUGAGUUCAUUAGCUGCAUUCUAAAAUCUCACCCUAGUAAAAUAAUUCAUUGUGUUUCAUACUUGCCCCUAUAGCUAAUGUAUGAUGGUACAUGGUAUUAAUUUAGUGAAGUACAGUAUCUGGGAAACAUACAACCCUGGAGCAUUUUACAGUUAAAAAAAAAGCAAACAAACUUUUGGCUGUUUCAAA